AUGGAAACAGAAGAAGCUUUUUAUUCUGAAGAAUAUGCUAUGAAUAAACCAAACCGUGGCGUAGCUAUCAUUAUAAAUAAUGUAUCUUUUCACCCCAGUACACAAAUGGGUGAACGAACAGGAAGCGAUAAGGACCAUAAAGCUUUAAAACAGCGCUUUAAAGAAUUGGAGUUUGAUGUGAGAGAGUUUAAAAAUUUAAAGCGAGAUGAUAUGGAAAGUUUAAUGAAAAAAGUUGCUGGUGAAAGUCAUGACAAUAAUGAUUGUUUUAUGUGUGCCAUGUUGUCACAUGGUGAAGAAGGAACUAUAUAUGGUUUUGAUGGGCCUAUUGAAAUUCAAAGACUUAUUGAACCUUUUAAAGGUCAUAAUUGUCGUAGUUUAGCUGGAAAACCUAAAAUCUUUUUUAUACAGGCUUGUCGUGGAAGCAAGUUAGAUGCUGGUGUAGAACAACAAGAUAGUAAAGGAAGUCGUGAAAGUGAAACAAUAGAAUAUAAAGUACAACGAAUUCCAACUGAGGCUGAUUUCCUCAUAGCUUAUUCUGUAGUACCAGGUUAUUUUUCAUGGCGUAACUCAGCAAAUGGCUCAUGGUUUGUACAAGCUAUAAGUGAAGUAUUCAGAAAAUAUGGUCAGAAGUUAGAUUUGAUGACAUUGAUGACUAGAGUAAACAAAUUAGUGGCUUAUAAUUUUGAAUCAAACGCCAGUAAAGAAUAUAUGACUAACAAAAAACAGAUUCCAUGUAUAACCUCUAUGUUAACUAAAGAUGUGUAUUUUAGAUCCAAAAAUUAA